UUCCCGCCGGUAAGCGAACACCUGCGGAGCAGAGGCCGUGGUAUCUUGAGGCCCCCGACGAAUGGGAUUCUGCCUUCAGGGAGGGAUUAGUAGAAACUUACAUCCCGGUUUCAUUCCUGAGAAGCCCAGAGAGAGGCGAGCAGGCCUAGCCACUAACUCCCGAGGCCCCCACAAUAGAGAAAAUCGGAGGGAAAGGAGCCCCAAGGCCACCUAGCCGCGCGGUCCACAACCCCAGCCGCUGCUCCGCCUUCUCGAAAAUGGCGGGCGCACGGAAACGGCCCUCUCGCGCCGUGGACUGGGACCGCGCAGGCGCCGCGCCCGCGGCUUCUCUUCCGUCGCACCGGAGUGGCUGCGUCGCUGCCUGGCCCAACCCUCCUACCGCGCGGGCUUGGGAUCUUCCUAGGCUCUGAGCCUGUGGCGGUUUAACGGCCCCGGCGGCUUCGGCGAUAAGGAGAGAGAGAAUGAAUACUUGGCUUCACAUUUGGGUGAUGGAUAAAUGCCAAGAACAUACAAGUGACUAUUUCCUGGUGUGAGUGGUUCAAGCAUAAAGACACGUUAAUGUAGGAAACCGAAAGUAGCAUACCAAAGUACUCAUGGGUAAGAGAAAGGAAGAAAGCGUUUCAAAGCCCAGAUCCCAUAAAAGGCAAAGACAAGACUACACAGAUGAACAUAGUGAUGAGUCUAAUGAAGAAGAGUCACAGACAUCAGCUGAUAGUGGUGUUGUCUCACUGUCGACUGCAGGGGAAGUUGGGAUAAUUGAAAGUAUCCAGCUGAAGAACUUUAUGUGCCAUUCAAUGUUGGGGCCUUUUCAGUUUGGAUCAAAUCUCAAUUUUGUUGUUGGAAACAAUGGAAGUGGAAAAAGUUCAGUAUUAACUGCUCUUAUUGUUGGACUUGGUGGAAAAGCCACUGCAACUAAUAGGGGUUCCUCAUUAAAAAUGUUUGUGCAAAACGGAGAGACUUCUGCAGAUAUUUCUAUUACCUUGCGAAACCAAGGCAGAGAUGCGUUUAAACCAGAAGUGUAUGGUAGCUCUAUUAUUGUGAAUCAGCACAUUAAUCUUGAUGGAAGCAGAAGUUAUAAACUGAAGAGCAAAUCUGGGACCUUAAUUUCCUCAAAGAAAGAAGAACUCAUAGGAAUACUGGAUCACUUUAAUAUACAGGUAGAUAAUCCUGUGUCUGUUUUAACCCAAGAGAUGAGUAAGCACUUUUUACAGUCUAAAAAUGAAGGUGACAAGUACAAGUUUUUUAUGAAGGCAACGCAGCUGGAACAAAUGAAAGAGGAUUAUACAUCUAUUAUAAAAACUAAAGAAAAUACACGUAUACAGAUAGAACAAGGAGUAGAGCGUCUUCAAGAACUUCAGCAGCUGUAUUGUGAGAAGAAGGAGCGUUACAAGAGCAUUGGGUUUGUGAAUGACAUGAGGAAUCAUCUGGAAGAUUUGAAACAUAAAAUGGCGUGGGCAGUGGUAGGUGAGAUGGAAAAAGAAAUACAGCCAAUCAAAGAAGGUAUCAGAACUGAAGAGGAAAAUGCAGAGAAGUUUGUUCAGAAGCUUGAAGAAUGCCAGGUAAAAGUGAAUGAGGCAGAAGGAAAAUACAAAGCAAUUCAAGAGAAGUUAAUGAAAAUAGGUGAAGAAGCACAAGCUCUGCAUCCUCAGUGUAUUUCAUUGAAGGCUGAUGUGCAGGCGAAAAGAAAAGCAGUCAAUGAAGCUGAGGUGGUUUAUAAUCGUUCCAAAGCAGAGUUAAAACGCCUAGGAAAAGACGAUGAACAGCUAGGUAAACGGAUUGAAGAGUUGAAAAGCAGUGCUAAUCAGGCUUCAGAGCCUGAAAAUUCGGAAAGACAAAGGAAAAUUACAUGCUUAAGGGAGCAGUUAAAGGCAUUCCAUGAUGAAGAAAUAAUGAUUGGUCAACAGAUAGAUCAGUUCCAGCAGAGUAUAUAUAAAUGUAAAGAAGAACAUAUGAAGCUUAAGAGAGAAGACUGUGAUGCAAAACAAGCCCUGGAUGCCAAGCAGAAACAACUGAGAGAGAUGAAAGAAAGUAAAACAAAUACCUUGAAAAGAUUUGGCCCGCAUGUACCAGCAUUUCUUGAAGCAGUUGAAACAGCCUAUAAGCAAGGGCAUUUUAAACAAAAACCUCUUGGACCUUUAGGUGCUUUCAUUCAUCCAAAAGAUGCUGAACUGACUUUGGCUAUUGAAUCUUGUUUAAAGAGCCUAGUUCAGGCGUUUUGCUGUGAUAAUCAUAGUGAUGAAAGAACUCUUCAGCAGCUGAUGUCAAAAUAUUAUCCACGUGGAAUUAGACCUCAAAUAAUUGUAAAUAAAUUUCAGAAUAAAGUUUAUGAUGUUAAGCACAGAGCGGUUUGUCAUCCAGAAUUCCCAUCAGUUCUCACAGCAUUGGAAGUAGAUCAUCCAAUGGUUGCCAAUUGUCUGAUCGAUGUGAGGAGUAUAGAAACAGUUCUACUGAUCAAAAGUAGCCAUAAAGCCCGUGAAGUAAUGCAGCACAAUCGGCCCCCCAAAAACUGUAAAGAAGCGUUCACUGCUGAAGGUGAUCAAGUCUUUGAAAGACGGUAUUAUUCUUCUAAUUACCUCAGACCCAAGUUUCUAAGCCAAGAUCUUGAAGCAGAAAUAAGUCACUUGGAGAAAGAAAUUGAAACUAAAAGGGCGCAGCUGGCAGCAUCUCAACAACGUGUAAACUCCAUCGAAACUGAAAUUAGGCAGAAUGAAGGUCAUCUUCAGAGUCACCGCCGCCGCCAGAAAGAACUACAGGUAAAAAUACGAACAACAAAUGCAGAAAUAGCAGAUCUUGAAAAUAUGGAAGAACACCAUUCAGUGGACAUCCGUGUACUGGAGGAUGAGGCUCAAGAAAAUAAAGUUAAGAUGGAGUGUGUACAAAAUGACAUGCAACAACAAAGCAGAAAAAUGGAAGAACUGAAAAAUAUUCUCCGCAUAGCUGAAAAUAAGUUGGAAGAAAUGAAAGAAAAAAUCCACCAAGUAGAAGAAAUUGCUGGUCCAAUUAAGGAUGAAUUAAAUCAAGCUGACUCAGAAGUGGAAAACAGUAAACGUUGUUUGCAGCACUAUCAAAGCAAACAAAAAGAACACUUAGCCUGUGUAAAAAGACACAAAGAAUUAUUAGCUGCCAGAGAAAAAGAAUUAGAGGGAAAAAUGGCGCAAGCGAGGCAAAUCUACCCGGAGCGCAUAGAGGUCAGCAGGACUGUUAAGAGUCUCGAUGCAGAAAUGAACCGUUUGAGAGAGAGGAUAAAUUCAGAAAGCGAUCGCCAUGGAAACAGAGACGAAAUAAUACAGCAAUUUCAUGAUGCAAAGCAAAGGUACAAGGAUGCAAGCAGUAAAGUAAAGCAUUUAAAGAGAUUUAUUAGUCUGCUGGAUGAAAUAAUGUCACAGAGAUUCAAAAUAUAUAAGCAGUUUUUGAGGCUCCUUUCUUUACGAUGCAAAAUCUACUUUGAGCAUUUAUUACGUACUCGAGCUUGCUCUGGACAAAUACUUUUUGAUCACAAGAAUGAGACACUUUCAAUAACUGUUCAGCCUCGAGAGGAAGAUAAAGCUGUCCUUAAUGAUGUGAGAUCCUUAUCAGGAGGUGAACGUUCCUUCUCGACAGUUUGUUUCAUUCUUUCUCUGUGGUCUGUUACUGAAUCUCCUUUCAGAUGUUUGGAUGAAUUUGAUGUCUACAUGGACAUGGUUAACAGAAGAAUUGCAAUGGAUAUGAUUCUAAAGGUGGCUGACACUCAGCAGCAUCGACAGUUCAUUUUGCUUACCCCACAGAGCAUGAGUUCUUUGCCUUCAACGUCUCGUAUUCGAAUCCUCCGAAUGCAAGACCCUGAAAGAGGCCAAAAAACACUGAAUUUCCGGAGGAACAAUGACCAAGAGGAAGAUGACUGAUCACCUCUCUGUAUGAAUAUGGUGUAAUAUCGAGGGUAAAUGUGUAAUGUCUGUAAAGUUUAUUACUUCCUGAUGCUGGAUAAAAGGAUCUUUUGUUAGAUACUCUCAGGAAAAGAUGAUAUUCCUGUAUUUUUUAAACUAUUUUUAAUUAUUUCUAAGAAUGAUUGUAUAUGUACAGAGCAAAACUAAGCACAUGUUCAGUUAAUGUUUUCAACUACCACUAGUAAUU